GCAAUCUAAAACAUCUCUCCCUCUCUACCACCACUUCGAAUUCCACCAACUCCAUUGCAGGAGCGGAGCUCGCUCCGAUCAUGUCAUCUUUCUCCGACGAAACAAUCCCGAGCCACCAACCAAUCGUCCUUGGUUGUGGUCAACUCUGUCUUGAUUACUUAGUCACAGUAUCGUCUUUCCCAAAUCCAGAUCAGAAGAUCCGGUGCACGAGCUCCAAGGUCCAAGGAGGAGGAAACACUGGCAACUCUUUAACAUGUGUUGCUCGUUUGGGUUUUCCUUGUCGAAUCUUAGCUAAGGUUGCUGAUGAUUCUCAAGGACGUUAUAUGGUUGAGGAACUCGAAUCUAGCGGCGUGGAUACUUCGUUUUGUUUGAAUGCUAAAGAUGGAGCUUCUCAUUUUAAUUACGUCAUUGUAGAUAACCAAACGAAUACGCGUACGUGUAUAUACACUCCAGGAUAUCCUCCUUUGCUCCCAGAUGACCUUACUGAAUCUCUCCUUUUAUCUGUGCUUGAUGGAGUAAGAGUUCUUUAUGUAAAUGGAAGGUCCCGUGAAGCCGAAUUGCUUCUUGCGCAAAAGGCACAUAGCAAGAAUAUAUCCAUCUUAAUUAAUGCAGAGAAACGAAGGGCAGGGCUAGAUGAGCUCCUUAGCUUAGCUGAUUACGCCAUUUGCUCUACUAACUUCCCUCAGGAUUGGACAGAGUCACCAUCAUCUCCCAGUGCACUUCUCUCUAUGCUCAUUAGAUUACCAAAGCUAAAAUUCGUGAUCAUGACUUUGGGGGAACACGGUUGUGUGAUGCUCGAGAGAUGUUCCGAUGAGGUUUCAGGUUCAGAAGAAGAGACAGACAUAGAUGAAUUACACGAGUCUCUGAAGCAAAACACAGACUAUACAAGUUUGUUACCGGUCUGCAAUUCAUCGCUAGUGACUAGACUGGGAGGGAAUGUUACAGGGAGAUUAGUUAUAGUAACAGCUGAGAAAAUACCUUCAUCGGAACUUAUAGACACAACCGGUGCCGGAGAUGCGUUUACCGGAGCUUUGCUCUAUGGUUUGUGUACGGAAAUGGCUACAGAAAAAAUGUUGACAUUUUCAUCUCGAGUCGUAAGUUUGGUUCUUCUUUUGUUUUAUUCCGACGUGAUUUUUAAAAAAGCUAGCGUCACACGCGUUUUGAUAGGAAUUGUGAUUGAAGGAUUUGCGUUUGAGAUUUGUUGUAGGCUGCUUGCUGCUGCAGAGGUUUAGGAGCUCGAACUAGUCUUCCGUUUCGUACUGAUCCAAACCUUGCAACGUUCUUAGCAACACCACCGUAACUUUUCUUUUGUCAUCUUGACGUCUCAGCUCAAUAGACCCAAGGUCUUAAAUUGCGUUUGUACUUUAUUUGGUAUAAAAAUGAAAUAAAAAUAAAAGAUUAUAUGUUGCGGGAAAUGCCAAGUCAGAUUCUCGUUUGCGUGACA